CUGCUGCUGCUGCUGCUGCUGCUGUCGCCCGCCGCGGAUGGAACCUCCUCCAGUGCUCCUGCGCCCAGCUCGGAGGCUGCGCCGCAGCAGGACGGCGGAGGCGCUGACGUCCCCGAGGCGGUACUUGCCCGAGGCUCCGAGCGCUCUUCCACCCUGCCGGCAACCACCCUUGUGACGACCACCGACGACUCCCCCACCCGGGCCCACACGGAGCUCCGCACGGAACCCUCCGCCCGGCCCCCCUCGGAGCAACCUGCAGAGCCCUCCACCAGGGUUCUCACGGAAGCCCCCACCCCGGCCCCCACGGAGCCCCUCUGCCCCCCGCCUGUCGCCCCCUGUUCCGACGCCGCCACGCACGCGGCGGAGGCCAUCCUGGGGGACGCGCUGACCGACUUCGCCCUGAAGCUGUACCACGCCUUUGCGGCCACAAAGAGCUCGGAAACCAAUGUGGCCUUCUCCCCCUUCAGCAUCGCCGGCCUGCUCACGCAGGUCCUGCUGGGGGCCAGCGACAGCACCAAGAGCAACCUGGAGGGCGUCCUCUCCUACCCGCAGGACUUCUCCUGCGUCCACCAAGCCCUGCAGGCCUUCGUGUCCAAGGGCGUUACCUCCGUCUCCCAGAUCUUCCACAGCCCAGACCUGCCCAUCAAGGACAGCUUCCUGAACGCCUCCCAGCGCCUGUACGGCAGCCGCCCGCAGGCGCUGAGCAACGACUCCGCCGCCGACCUGGAGCUCAUCAACAGCUGGGUGGCCGAGAACACCCGGCACAAGGUCAGCCGGCUGCUGGACAGCCUGCCGCCCGACGUCCGCCUGGUGCUGCUCAACGCCGUGCACCUGAGCGCCAAGUGGAAGCAGCCCUUCAACCCGAAGAAGAAGAAGGAGUCCUUCCACGUGGGGAACACCGUCAUCCAGGUGCCCAUGAUGUGGAGCAGGAAGCACCCGGUGGCGCAUUUCCUCGACCACAACCUGCGGGCCAAGGUGGGGCAGCUGCAGCUCUCCCACAACCUGAGCUUCGUGAUCCUGGUGCCGCAGAACCUGGGGCAGCCCCUGGAGGAGCUGGAGCGCAGGCUCAGCGCCACACUGCUUAGGGCCAUCAUGAAGAAGCUGGAGAUGUCCAAGUUCCAGCCCACGUACCUGAUCAUGCCGCGGGUCAAGGUGACCAGCACCCAGGACCUGCUUCCCAUCAUGGAGAAGCUGGAAUUCUUUGACUUCACCUACGACCUCAACCUGUGUGGGCUGACGGAGGACCAGGACGUGCAGGUAUCGGAGAUGCGACACCACACCGUGCUGGAGCUCACCGAGGCCGGCGUGGAGGCGGCCGCCGUCUCCGCCAUCUCCGUGGCCCGCAACCUGCUGACCUUCGAGGUGCAGCAGCCUUUCGUGUUCUUGCUCUGGGACCAGGACCACAAGUUCCCCGUCUUCAUGGGCCGGGUCUACGACCCCACGGCCUGAGAGCCGAGCUGGGGUUGGGACCUGUCCGUGUACCCAGGCCUCAGCGCGCCCGGGCUGCCCUGCUGCUGCCUGAGGGCCCCCUUGCUUCUGCCAGCCCCUCACGGCCCUGCCAUGCUCUGCAAACCGCUGUUUGCAGCUUUCUCUGGCUCAAGUUUACCAGGCCCUACAAAUAAAACCUGGCCAACCACGA